UUUAAAUUGGUCCACAUACAUUUUAUGGCGGCUUUUAAUAAUCUUAACUCACCUCAAUCGUUGGAAUUCAUCAACAUUGGAGCACCAGCAUGUGUUGUUGCAUAAAGCGUGGCGGAGUACAUUUAUCCAAACAAUGAAACUCAAAUCCAGUUUGUCAACACUCAGCUUGAUGUUAUGUUGACAGAUAUCGUAUAUAACGCAAGAAAUCUCAAGAAGAUUUCUCAGCCCUUUAACAAUUCAGACGUGCUGUUAAAUGGACUCACAUCUCAGACACCUGAGAUCACAAAUAUCACAUAUCUGGAGUAUUAUGUCAACUUCUCACAGUUUGCCAAUUAUACUGCAGAGAUCAUAAAUGGUCAAUGGCAGUGUGUUGGACCUCGCAAAACAAACCCUGACUACAGUCAUCAACAUGGAGGGUCAACCUGUAGGCGUUACCUUGAGGAGUCUAGCCUUGAGCGGUUUUAUGGCCCACAGUGUGACCUCUUCAGUCACAGGUUUGGAUCACUGGCAGCAGCACUCCUGCUCUUCAUUAUCAUAAUUGCUGUCAUCGUCACUAUCACAACCCAGCUCUUAGGCCAUGACAAAUAUGGCGUGGACACUUCCAAACCACAGGAACCGGCAUCAAAGUCCCACGACCACAACCACUCCACCAGUGAGGAGAGACUAACCCGCCAUGCGCUGUGCGAGCUCAAGGCUUUUAUGCCCUCCUGCUCUCGGACCAGGAAAAGAAGCAACUCUUAUAACCGAAGACUGUUUGCUUUUGAAGAAGAUUUCUUUGACUUCUCGGUUACAAGUGCGUCCACUUUUUUUUGGUCAUCACUGAUUUAAAAAAGAUAUAUAUUUCAACAAUUUCUCGAGGCAUCUAACAUUCGCAGCAUUGAUGACAUCAAUUGUUUUCACCGGGAGAUCACUAUUUAGGAUCAGCAAGCGCUUGUACAUCAUCAAUCAAUUCUGACAGCCAAUUGCAGGUAUUGUUGUGUAUCUUGUGUACUAUUUUAAAUCACAUACAGUACGUAUACAAAUAUUCUGGAGUACAAGGACAGAUUGUAGUUAAAAUGUUGAUACAAAAAUGUUAUCAUUCUUCUGUCUUUCCAGAUCACAACAAAACGUCCAGAUGUUUGGAACAUCCUCAAUCCAUGAUGGCUACAGACCUCAACAUUUUGUUUGAAUCACAAUGUCUUUCCAUAAUUUAGUAUCAGUAUGAGCUAAUAACUUUAUCUUGAACAUGAUAUUAUAUACCAGUGGUUUGUUUUGUGAUAUGCAUACUAUCACUGUAUUUUACAUUAAUUCUAGUGCAUUGUUGCCUCUUGUGCCAAUAUAU